AUGAAGUUGGCGAAUUUCGAAGGUUGGAAUAUGGCGGUCGACUCGAAGAAGAAUAGGCCAUUGAUUCUCGGGUCCCAAGAACACGCGGCGGACUUGAUUGUCUCGGGAGAGUAUAGGCACGAGCCCAAGGCCGUUGGCCGUCAGUUUCUUGUACGUUUGUACGCGAGGAAGGAGGUCGCGAGUAGGCAUUUGGCCUUCGCAUCUCGGGUUUCCUCCGCUGCUUUUUCUGCAUCGAUUAUCGGAGAGAAAGAAAAGGUGGGACGAGGAAAGUUGUGCUUGUGCAUUCUGAGAAUUAGCUGCAAGCUUGGUCUAGUAGGGCGUUUCGCUGCUGGCCAUUUCAGGGAUUUCUCAUUGAAGGAGCAAGGAGCAAGAGGCAGGUGCCUCUGCACAGCUCCUGAGCCAGAUCUGUUCGAAGAGCUUGAUGCCAUUAUCUUCCUCGAAUCCCGAACCCUCGAAUCCAGCCCCAGGAUCCGCUUCGUCGACAUCUUGCGUGCCGAGCCCCCGUCGGGCCCUUAUCAUCCUUCCAAAUUCAUCGAGAGCCACAAGGAUCACGUCCAAAACGAGGCCGCCAAAUUGUUCGGGGGCCCGGGCCCGAACACCCGGCUCGCGGGAUUCGUGGUGGACAUUUUCUGCACGAGCAUGGCCGACGUGGCAUGA